AUUUGUGCUCCAAUUUUAGUGAAUAAACAAGUGUACACAAAAGUUUGUGCUAAAUUUUUUGUUGCAUUGCUGAUUAUUGAUCAAACAAUAGCUAUGGUAACAAAUGGUGUUGCUAUAUAAACACAUUUGACGUGUUCAUUAUUUGACAUUGACAGUACUGCAUGGAUCAUUUCUUUUUACAUUUCAUCAAGACAUGGUAAGCGGAAAAGAGUUUAGAAGUAGCUUGCGAAAACCUUUGCCGGGGACUAAGAAGCAGAAAAAAUGCAGAAUAGUACCGGCGUUCACAAUUCAGGCAAUGCAAAACAAUACGUGUGUUUUGCCCCCUGCUAAAUGCUCGUUCAAGGAGAAACCCACAAAGGUUUUUAAGUUUCAAGAUAAUUACAAAAGAGGUAACCUGCCCAUUGCUAAACAGGCCGUUGGUAAUGGACUUGUGUGGAAGGCUGACAUAACAAAGCUAGAUUUUCAUUAUUACCUACCAAUGUUUUUUGAGGGCCUUGUAGAAACCGAGGACCCCUAUAAAUUAUUUGCCCAUCAAGCAAUCCAUGACAUGUUGAUACAGGGUGGUUCUAAAGCGUUUCCCUGUAUACCGCAACUGAUUAUACCUAUCAAAGAUGCUUUAAAUACAAGAAAUAAAUCCAUCAUGAUAGCAACUUUGAAAGUUGUACAAGAAUUGGUCACUUGUGCUGAUAUGAUUGGCGAGGCAUUGGUUCCCUAUUAUAGGCAAUUAUUGCCGGUUUUAAACAUUUAUAAAGACAAAAAUGUGAAUUGUGGAGGUGAUAUUGACUACAGUCAGGCCAGAGGAGACAAUUUGGGUGAUGUUGUAAACGAAACCCUAGAAAUAUUAGAGCGAACUGGAGGAGAAGAUGCAUUCAUAAAUAUUAAAUAUUUAAUACCCACAUAUGAAUCCUGCAUGUUAAAUUAAUUAGUUUUUAAUAAAGUGUCAAAUAAUCCAAUGCCUAAAAUUUAUCCUAAAAUUAAAACAACUCACUUUUUGUCCAUUUUUAUUAAAAAACACCAAUAGUAAAACAAUAAACUAGUUAAGCCUAGUAGAAAUAUACUGCAAACACUGUUGUCACACAAAAUAGGUAAUCCUAAAAUGAAUUUGUGUAAUAACAUUUUAUGGUUUAAUAAAAAAAACUUACGUUCAUAAAUAUUUCACUUGUAUAGCCAUCACACUCUGAAUCCCAAAUACAUCUCACACCAGAUUUUACACCUGCUCCUUUCAUCUCUCCUAUAAUAACUUGUACUAUGUGCCUGUAUCUUUUCAUUUGCAAUUCUUAAAUAAUUUUUUAUAUUGUUAAUUGUAAGGAUAAAUAAAGCUUUUAAACUGACCUUUAAUUUUUGUAUUGACAUCAUUGGCAAUCGAGAUAGUCAAUUUCUUUACUUUUUCAGCUUCAUACGUUUUCCCGCCCAGAGUUUCAGUUAGUAUAUUGCGAAUGAUUUCUUUUACGGGCACCUCCUUAAAUCUACAAUUUAAAUGAAGACAUAAAACAAAUUGCAUAGAAUUUAAAUCUAGCUUACUUUUCCUCCAAACUUGGUUUUAUUUGAUAUGUUUGAGGCAAAAUAGAUUCAUGACUUUGUUCUUUAAAAACCUCUUGUGUUUCCUGAACAGUUAACUCGCUUAACCUUUUGUUAGAUAAAUCAUCGUCGUCGUCGUCCAUUAUUUUUUAUAAAAUCGUAUUUUAUUAACCUCCAAAUUUGUUUACUGUGUGUAUGCUUGUGUUGUGUUGCUAUGGAUACAA